ACUUUCCUCUCGGGCCGCUGCUGCACACCCACACACACAACACGCACACGCACAGCAGAGUUUGUGAGCGGAAUCAAUACACACUUUACUUGUGAGUCCGCACGCCCUUAGAUAACGACACGGCGCGCGCUUUGGACAAAGCAGAAGUCCUCCUUUAUUUUUGACAUUUUCAUUUCGUCUCCUCCUUUUUUCCCUUUUUUUUUUGCGUUCGCUUUUUUGAGGCUGAACAACUCUGGCCUGUCUCCUGAGGACGUGUGAGGCCUGUUGUACGGUGUUGGCAUCAAGCUUUUGUUGUUGAAGCGGAUCUUAAGCAACAUGAACGUCUUUCGCCUGGCGGGUGACGUGUCACAUCUGGUGGCUAUCAUCAUCCUGUUGCUGAAGAUAUGGAGGUCCAGGUCCUGUGCUGGCAUCUCUGGGAAGUCUCAGGUGCUGUUUGCACUAGUUUUCACCACCAGGUACCUUGACUUGUUCACGGUCUUCAUUUCUCCGUACAACACGGUGAUGAAGGUGGUCUUCCUGGCUAUGUCCUAUGCCACUGUGUACCUGAUCUACAUGCGCUUCAGGAACACAUACGACUUGGAGAGCGACACUUUCCGUGUGGAGUUUCUGUUGGUGCCAGUCAUCGGACUGUCCUUCCUGGAGAACUACGCCUUCACCCCACUGGAGAUCCUUUGGACCUUCUCCAUCUUCCUGGAGGCAGUGGCCAUAAUGCCGCAACUCUUCAUGAUCACCAACACCGGCGAGGCGGAGUCCAUCACUACCCAUUACCUGUUCUUCCUGGGCCUCUACCGAGCCCUCUACAUAGCCAACUGGAUGUGGCGUUACCACACAGAGGGCUUCUUUGACCAGAUCGCAGUGGUGUCUGGCGUCGUGCAGACCAUUUUCUACUGUGAUUUCUUCUACCUUUACGUCACAAAGGUGCUUCGAGGAAAAGGGAAGAUGACCCUGCCGAUGCCCGUUUAAAGACGGACAUCUGCGCCCUAAACAGCCGCCCAUCUGUGCCUGCUCACAGCUCAGCGCCCGAACACAGACCUUGCCCUUCAACUGUACAUGUAUUUAGCAAUGGGACUAAUGGUCUGAUGUCAUUCUGUAGGCCAAAAUGAGUGCACCUCUACAAAUUGAAUUUCUGUCAGACUGUGUGUGAGUCUAUGUGUUUGUGAGUGUGUGUGCAUAUGUAUGCAUAUAUGCUCUGGUGUGUUUGUAAGUUUGUGAUUUGGGUUUUUUUUUUUUCCUUUCAUAAGAUGCAAAUGUGACACUUGAAAUGUGUCCCUGGUGUGCACGUGGAACUUUCAAAGAAUUCAGGCAGGGCUGAACACUAUGGAGACUGUGUAUUUGUCCUUACUUUCCCCCUCUUUUAAGUACUGAGCAAUCCGUUGGCCUUGAAGACAGUUGUAAUAUUGAAUCCACAGAAGUGUACUUGAGAUUGGCCGAUGCCUUUUUGUACAGCGCAUAGUCAGAUUGUCUGUAGCUUUAGUUUCCACACAGUACAGAUCCAGAUCCGGUUUCUCCUGUGUUAAAGUUGUAAGAGCGCCCAGACCUUCAUGUCAAAGGUUCUACCACUUUGUCUACCACAUUUCACAAACUCAGUCUUGAUUUUCACUAAUGACAAAUACUGCAGUGUAAAACUGUACUCUAAUCUUCCACAAAGUGUCUUCCUCUUUGGUCCUGUACUGUUAGACACUCCCUAAAUAGUUUACUUAAUUAUAUAUAUUUUUUCUUACUUCCAAUUAUGUUAAUGUUUAGUAUUUUCCUCUUCAGCAUUGUCUUUUUGUGUUUCAGUGUAUUUCUUCGUGGGAGAAAAAAAGGGCUAAACAUUUUGUCAUGUCAUAAAUGAAGCCAAAGAUGGAACAGAUAACUGCUGUAACGUUUCAGUGAAACAGAUGUUGAUGUCUUUCCUGGGUCGUUACCUUGACUGAACUGUCCUGUCGUGUCGUUCACAAAUGGGAAAAUGGCGUUGGAGCAUCUUGGAAUUUCUGCAGAAGCUUAGAUUGACGCUUGCAGAUGUGUUACUAAUAGACAGUUGAAUUGCACACCAUUUUUGUGACAUUACUUUUAUUAUAACAUGAGACUCUCAAUUCAAAGGUGUGGCUUUGUUCUUUGCUGCCAGUCCACAUGGGCUGAAACAUACCAGGAUGUUUACCUUUCUGAAGGGCCCGCACACACAAACAUGCACAUAUACAUACAUGCGUUCUUAUGUAAGUGCUGAAAGUGCUGGUGCAUUGGGUUGAUGUUAAACAAAGACUGAUAGCAUUAGAUGUAUGAUACACAAUGGAAAAAGUGAACUUUCACACAUAGUCACCACUAUGUUUAAUAAAGAUCAUAG